AUGGGUCGUUGGAUUUCGUUGCCCUUCGGCGAUUCUGCAUGCCCAGUGUCAAACAGUACCGUUUUGGUCAAGAGACCGUUCUGGCCCAAGCUCAAUCUUGGGCUGAAUCACAGUCAGGCUGAUUUCCGCUUCGCACUUUCAAAGUUGUGAACUUCUGCCACAUGGCAGCACCGUGCAGUCUGAAAGUGUUCGCUCGCUGCCUCGUCUGCGUGCUCACCGUCAGGGGAGCCCUCGGAAAGGGCUUCGGCAUCGGGGACCUCGGGAAGGCGAUCAAAGCCGUCAGCCAGGACCCCCCCAAGAUGCCCGACGCCGUUCAGCAGAGCAUUCAGCAGGCGGCGGAGAACCCCCAGAGGCUGGUGGGGGACGCCGGCCAGGCGCUCGCGGGCGCGGACGCCUCCCGGGCCGUGGACACCGCCAGGGGCGCGGCGCAGAGCGCCUCGGUGGCCCUGCCAGCGGUCUCCGUGGCUGUGGGCGGCAGCCCCGCAGGGGCCGCGCAGGCGCCGUCGACCACGUCGCUGCCCGCGGAGCUGCCCGAGGAGCCCGCCACCGGCGGCAGCCAUGCCGUGCAGGAGGCCUUCAGCGGCAUCUUCGGGGAAGUGGGCAAGGCCACCCCCGGGGGCGUGGCGGGGGCGAUCGCGAGCCUGAAGGGGGGCAGGAUCGAGGAUGCCGCCUCCCAGGUCUCCAAGCGCGGGCAGGAGAUCGCCGGCGCCGUGCAGGACGCCAGCGUGAGGGACAUCGUGAAGGCGGCGAGCGGUCCGGCCGCACCGGGCUCGGCAGUGGGCCAGGCCAUGAGCCAGGCGAAGCAGGUUUUGGACAGCAAGAGGGCAGAAGUGGGCAGCCUGGCAGAGAAGGCAAAGACCGCCUCCGUGCAGGACAUGAUGGGUCUGGCCGACACCGACGAUGCCAAGAAGGGCGCUGCGAUUGUCAAGGGAGCCACUCUGCAAGACCUGCACGACGCCGUCAGGACAGACGAGGUCAGAAGCGCCAUUGCGAAUCCCGCGCGAGCCGUCCAGAACAUUGGCAACAUGAAGUUCCUCGGCCCCGCGGACGGAGCUAAAGACCAGCAUGACGGAGCGGGCGCCGACGGUGGAGAGAGCAUGGUCGACGCCAGAGUGGUAGCCCUGGCCGUCUUGGCAGGCUUCAUCCUGGGUGCCUACGUUCUUCUCCAGCGCCUCACCAAGCCCAGGCCAGUAGGAGCGGCCAUGCUGAGCGGCGAUCAAGAGUUGAACGGCAUCGCAUCGGCUCGCCACUGGAUGGGCACGAGCGCGCGGGAUGUAGUUUCGCAUUCGCCAGCCGGGAAUUCAGAAGGCUUCUCCCGGUUCUAGACGCAGGCCCAAGUGCGCACGGAGUGUAAGCGAGGUGCAGGCCGCUUUUCCGUCUUCCUCCACCCGCCCGAAUUCGUGCACGGAAUAUGUUAGUUGCGCGCGGCCGCUCCUUGAAAAGCAAAGACAUGCCCGGCUUAAAAUGAUUGUAUUGUGUCGACGGCUAUCUUUGCAGACGUUGUUACUUCAGUUCGCACACGUCUUCCUGGCCUUUCCAAAGACAGAAGGCGAAAGGUGUGCGUCUGCGCAGAAGCGCAGCGCGAGCUUGAGCCACAGCUCGGAAGAUCUCCUCUUGGCAGAUUUAGACGCGACCUUGACUGUAAUUAUGCUGAUCGCUGUCCCAUUGCAUACUGCUGAAGAA